AAUUAUUGUAGACAUAAAUGGUAUAAAUUCAAAAAUUUUAAGUAUAUCAGUACUUAAACCUAAGUUUUUCUAUUAAGAAAAUUUCUUUCUACAUUUUGGAAUAGUAGUUACAUAGGAAUUAACUUUGUUACCUACAGGCAAAAUCAUUUUGAUUUAAAAAAUGAUUUAUAUCUGUAUUUUACUUUACGCAUUAAUUGCGCCAUUUUCAUACACGUUUGGAAAUACAGAAGUAUCUAGUGAAAUGACAGUAACUGUCAAUAUUAGGAACAAAGAUAGAACCGUACCUUUGCAGUCCUCAGAAUAUUUUGCUGAUAAAAAUACAAAAGUCUGGUUAGCUGAAAGAGUAGGGGAUAAAUUUACAUACACUCUACAAGAUGAUAUUAUCAAAAAAGCAAAUAAAACCUUCUAUGAAGAGAAAUUGAAUGAUGAUACUAAUUCAGAAGAUUAUGAAAAUUUUGAUCCUUCUGAUUUUGAAGAAAAUGCAGAUAUUGAUAAAAAACCUCAAACAACUAAAAUAUCUAAAAUAUCUGAAGAUGAUGACUACAAUUUUGAUUCUUCUUCUUUUUAUGAUAAUGAAGAAAAUGAUGAAAAACCUAUUCAAAAAAAGAACGAACCUGAAAUUAAAGAAAACACAGUAUAUCCAGAAAUUUUGGUCUAUGUUGAUAAAACAAUAUUUGAGCACUUCAACUACGAUAUUGUGAAAACUGUGGCCUAUACAUUAGUUUUUUGGAGUGGAGUGGAUUUCAAAUUUAGACAUGUACUAUCUCCCAUAAUUCGCCUCAAUAUUGCUGGAAUUGUUGUGUUAAAGGAUCAACUUUUACCUAAUGAAAAAUUUCAAAUCAAUAGAGAUGUACAUAAUAAAUUCAGUAAACAUAUGUUUUCACAUGAGAAGUUUAUUUUUGAAAAAGAUUACGAUAUUGCUGUUUGGUUAGCUGGAAGUACAAACUUACAAACGAGUGAACAAGCCAAAUCAAUUGUGGCUGGAGCUUGUCAUAAACUUCCAACUAUGUUAGCUUCUGUUGCAAUAAUUCUCGAUGAUUUUAAACUUUCUGGAAUUGCUACUGCUGCACAUGAAUUAGCUCAUUUAUUCGGAGCUGCUAAUGACGGCGAACAACUUAAAAUUUGGUCAGGACCAGGUUCAAAAAACUGUUCUGCAAGUGACGGUUACCUUAUGAGUACUCAAAGACAUGGAAAUAAUGCACAUUUCUUUUCCAAAUGUACAAGAAAAGCAAUUGAAUAUUUCUUUAGUACCAAUCGUUCCAACUGCCUUAAAAAUAAUCGAUUUCCUCAUGAAAUUGAAGAACCAGUAUUAAGAAUUUUACCUAGUUUAUAUUUGACAUUAGAUCAACAAUGCGAAAAAGGAGGGUACAAGAAAGCAUUUGAAGUAACUCCAGAAAUUUGCACAAACAUAAAAUGUCUUACGAAGGAAAAUAAUGCAGAGUACAUAAAUGUAACGGCACUUCCAGGAACUCCGUGCGACGUUGGAAAAUACUGCAUGAUGGGACAUUGUUUAGGAGUAACAUUUAACAAAAAUAAAUACGGUAUGAGUUCUGAACUAUUAUUUGCUAAACCGUAUGAAAAAUUGCCCUUAAAAGAAGAUGAAGUAACAACUCCUGCUGUUGAAGUAACAACUUCUGCAGUAGUAGAAACAACUCCUGCAGUUGUAGAAACAACUCCUACGGUAGUCGAAACAACUCCUAUAGUAUUAGAAACAACUUCUGCUGUUGAAGUAACAACUCCUACAGUAGUAGAAACAACUCCUGCUGUUGAAGUAACGACUCCUAUAGUAUUAGAAACAACUCCUGCUGUUGAAGUAACAACUCCUAUAGUAUUAGAAACAACUCCUGCUGUUGAAGUAACAACUCCUAUAGUAUUAGAAACAACUCCUGCUGUUGAAGUAACAACUCCUACAGUAGUAGAAAUAACUCCUGCUGUUGAAGUUACAACUCCUACAGUAGUAGAAACAACUCCUGCUGUUGAAGUAUCAACUCCUGCAGUAGUAGAAACAACUCCUACGGUAGUAGAAACAACUCCUGCUGUUAAAGUAUCAACUCCUGCAGUAGUAGAAACAACUCCUACGGUAGUAGAAACAACUCCUGCAGUAAUAGAAACAACUCCUGUUGUUAAAGUAACAACUCCUGCAGUAGUAGAAACAACUCCUAGAGUAGUAGAAAUAACUCCUGCUGUUAAAGAAACAAAACCUUUUGACAAAUUUACGACUCCUUUGAGUAAAGUAACAACUCCUAAGCCGAAAAAAGAUGAUAAAAUUUCUGAUAGAUUAAAAUUAGCAGAUAAUCAUUGUGAAAUGGGACGUUGUGUGAAAAAUGUGGAAGAAAAUCCAAAAGUUAUUCCAUUGAGUCCUGAGUUUAAAUUAGCUGAUAAAGAAUGCAUAAAAGCUGGUACUUAUGGUGCUGUUAAUGUAUCUCAAAAUCAAUGUAUUUUAAAUUGCAAGGUGUCUAACAGUUUCUAUCUGAAUAUCUUUAGGGGAUGUUUUGAACCUAUGAGUUUUAGAAUACAAACAAUGUAUGCUAAAAAUGGAUUUGCAUGCAGUGAGAACAGCCAUUGUGAAAAUGGUCAAUGUAUACCAAAUCAAAACAAAAAUUCACUUUUGAAUUCUCAAUUCGAAUGGGCUGAGCAACAUUGUAAAAACCAUGGAUUUUUAGGUGCUUUAAAAGUUUCUGCUCAUGAUUGUUUUUUGAAGUGCAAGAUGGCAAUUUAUAGUAUAUUCGAUUAUUUUACGCCACAAAAAACUUGUCAGGUUUCAAUUUUCCCAAUGGCUGCUCCAAAUAAAUUCCCAUGCAGUUAUAAGGGGGUGUGUUUGAACAACAUUUGUGUGCAAGUUGCCUACACAGAAAAUUAAAAGGCAUUAAAAUAAGCUGCAACGCUUAUUAUUUUAAUCCAAUUUUGCUUAUUUUAAUACCAAAAUGGAUUAAAAUAAGCAAAAUUGGAUUAAAAUAAUAAGCGUUGCAGCUUAUUUUAAUGUCUUUUAAUUUUCUGUGUAAAACUGUUACCAAUAUUAUAUAUAUAUAUAUAGUACAAAUUAUGAGGAAAAGGAACCAAAAACUUUUUAUCAAAAUCUAAGCUUGAAAAAGUUGUAGUUGAAUAGAAAUGUAAAAUUAUUUUAAUUUUAUUGUAAGUGAUUUUAAGUGUGAAAUAUUUUUAAUCAGGGUUUAGAAAAAUU